AUGGAAAAGCCUCCAGAAGAGGCUCUGGCGGAAUCAUCGGAAAACCAAAGUACAGCCAAGUCCCCAAAUGACAGCCACACAGACAGCCAGGAAGACAACAGACAGAACCAGGAUGAAGUGGAAGCUGAUGACCAGACUGAUCACGGAGCAGCUGACCAGGCUGCCCAGAUAGUGUCUGCCCCGGCUGAACCCAACGUAGUUAAUGAAGCUGACCACAAAGCAUAUGACUCCAUGGGAGAAAGAACAUCUGAUCGGGCUGACCUCAGAGCAUCCAACCAUGCUCAUCAUGUUGCCGAUCUUAGAGCAUCUGAUCAGGUUAACCGAAGCAUGUCAGAACAGAUGGACGACAAGGCAUCUAGCCAAGCUGGUGGCGUGGAGUCUGAACAGACUGACAGCCAGAUGUCUGCUCUGCCUGAACGAGGUACUUCUGAACAGACUGAACAAAGGGCUUCUGAGCAGGUUGAUCACAGAAUGUCCAGCCUAGCUGAGAGAAGAGCUUCUGAAGAGAUUGACUGUAAACCAUCUGUCCCAUCUUUACAAAGAGCCUCUGAGCAGAGCGAUCACAGAAUGUCCCUCCCGGCUGACCAAAGAGCUUCUCAACAGAUUGAAAGUAGAUUGUCUGGCCUGGUUGAGCGAAAAACUUCUGAACAGAUUGAUCAUAGAUUGUCUGACCAAGUUGACCACCGAACAUCUGUAAAGACGCACCACGAAGUGUAUGACCAAGCUACUAAACCAUCUGAACACCAGGCUGCUGACCCUGACAAGGCUGGCAGUGAAUCUGACCAGGCUGACGAUUUAGUGGAAGAAGAGGAUGAUUACACAGAAGACAACCUGUUUGACUAUGGAGCAUGUAGCCGGUCUGAUGAUAGAUUAUUCCACCAGCUUGGCUGCAGCAAGGAAGACAAAGAGGCUGACUUCAGAGUACAACCCUGCAAAUUUGAGCCUGGCCAGACAGAUGGCAGCAUAACCAAGGCUUCCCUUGAAACUGAAACGGAAAGUGUAGCUGAUCUGCAAGCAUUCAUCCCAUUUGAUCACGGAUUGACCAGUACUUCCCAAACAAAAGACCAAGCCUACUCCCCAAGAUUUCCCUCCAUCUCAUCCAAAUUGGACUAUAUCAUCAGUCAAGAAAAAACUCAACCCAUGGAAACCAAGCCUGUUGAUAUUUCAGAAUACCAGGAAAGAAGGAGUUUUCAGGCAUACAAUCAACCUUAUAAGAAGCAGUUACCUCCUAUAGUACAUGAAGAUCCUUAUCAAGUUUCACUUCGAUACGUGGAGAAACACCACAUUCUGCAAAUAUUCCAGCAGAUCACUGAAAAGCUAGUCUAUGAAAAGCCAGAAGACCCCCUGAGUUUUAUGCUGUGCCAGGUACAGGAAAUGAUACAAAACAGAAAGAAAAGUGAAACCUACGAAGAAUGAAUCUCUCCUCAACAUUGUUUACAACCAUCAGUGUCAACACUAUGUUCUGUUUCCCACUCUGAAAAAUCAUUUUUGAAUGGUCAUUUGUAGUGACUCUGCCUAAAUGUGUUCUUAUUUUUUAAGUAAAAAUCUACCGGGUAGCUUCGUAAAAUUCACAUAACAGUUACAGAUACCUCUGACUCAUCAUACAAAAAACAUAGGCACAUAUACUUAUCCAUGCAUUGAUAUUUCUGUACUCAUUCCUCCAAAGCACUGAACAGAAACACGUUCACAAAUCCCAGAGAGGAUCAAGAAAAGAAUAUUAGCAAUUUAUACACAUUCCCAAAAGCAUACAAACCCAUCAUGUCUCGAAACUGUUUAUAAAAUUUUCAAUCGGAAAAUGUGCAGAAAAUAAUUCGUAACAGCACUUUUUUCUCUCUUAAGGGAAGGUAACUGUUGUAAGAUCUCUUUUCUUGUUUCUUAAUACCUCCAACAAAUUUUUACUGUUUUCCUCUUUGACCCUGCCUGUUAUAUUCUGACAUUAAUGGAAGUGAUUUAAUCUAUUCCAAGGGAUAGUCUUCUCCUGAUUUUUAACCUAAAGCAAAACUCAGACAUGUUAUACUACUCUGUAUACACCUAUGGGAGAGGCAGAAUGUCACUUCCUUAUUACCUUUAACCUCUGAAGAGUAUCUGCAUCGUGUGGAACGUGUAGCCAGUUGAACUGGUAUUUAAAAGCAAAAAGCCUCAACGUGAUCUACCUGGUAUGAGAGUAUCUGCCCAGCAAUCAUAACUGAGAUGAUCAUCUGAUACUACUUUUGUGAGCUGAACCUUUCAUUUAAUUGCUGUUUGAACAUUAUAGCAGACUUGAUUCUUCAUAUUGUUUCCCUGGCGAUUUGGUAUAAUUAUGUGGUGU